GCAGAGUUCAAGGCGCCUGCGCAGACCCUGAAAAGCGGCCGGGGUGGCCCCGCGCCUUCCUUUUCCGGUUGCGGCGCCGCGCGUUGAGGAACUCUAGUGCGCAACCGGAGCCAUGCCGUCUAAGGGCCCUUUGCAGUCCGUGCAGGUCUUCGGACGCAAGAAGACGGCCACGGCCGUGGCGCACUGCAAACGCGGCAACGGCCUCAUCAAGGUGAACGGACGGCCUCUGGAGAUGAUCGAGCCACGCACGCUGCAAUACAAGCUACUGGAACCUGUUUUGCUUCUGGGUAAAGAGCGAUUUGCUGGUGUGGACAUCCGAGUCCGAGUGAAGGGUGGUGGUCAUGUGGCCCAAAUUUAUGCAAUCCGCCAGUCCAUCUCCAAAGCCCUGGUGGCCUAUUACCAGAAAUAUGUAGAUGAGGCUUCCAAGAAGGAAAUCAAAGACAUCCUCAUCCAGUAUGACCGGACCUUGCUGGUGGCUGAUCCCCGUCGCUGCGAAUCCAAAAAGUUUGGAGGUCCUGGUGCCCGUGCUCGCUACCAGAAAUCGUACCGAUAAGCCUAUCAUGAAGAUCAGGAUUUGCCUUUAUAAUAAAUGAUGGUGUAGGA